AAUGGUGGACUCCAGAAUAAUGGCGGCAGCUCCGUUCAGAUCGUGAUUAGAAUAAAGAAAAACAUUAGUGAGUAGCAAACUAAUUAUUUUAUAGAAAUAUUAACCGACCCUAUUUCGUAGUUUCAGCGGGCCAGUAGUUUUUAGAAAUUUAGAAAGUCUCGGUUGCAAAAAUUAUCCACAACUGCUUUGAUCACAACUGUUGGUACACAACGGUGCAUAUAUUUGGAUCAUCGUAUCGGUAGUCUAAAAUGUAAUACUUGUUCAAGUCAUAAGAAGCAGACUCCUUACCUUUUCUAGUGAAACUUGUGACUCUAAAAUAAACGCACGGUCAAAUGCGUGAAAUUGUAUGCAGUUCAUGUCAAGGCAAAUUAGGUUAAGCUGGGCGGCAGAAUUUUUACUUCAGUUUCCAUGUGCUUAUAAAAAUCGGCGAUCUGCCAUUCAAAUAGGCUUUACUUAUGGGAAGCUCGCUAUAUAUGAAGUUGCAGGUUAUUAUAUUUAACGUACGGCUACCUGUGUACGCAUCGAGCGAUGUGGAAGGUGUGUGGGAUUAAUGGCGUUAGCGCGCCAUAUUUGGUGUUACUAGGAGAAGCCUCCGGGAUAGACCAGCUCAAUUAUUUUCACCAUUGUCCGAUGAUCAAUAUUUUUGUUUCCUCUUCCCUCUGAUUGGUUAUUUACAACAACAGUCAAUAGCGUCUGCUUCCCCGUCAGUGCAAGUUAAACAUGACAAUUCCUUAAAAGUUCUGGAAAUGUUGCCAUCCUGCACUGGCGAAACGCACGACUUGUGAGCGACUGACCAGCGGCGGGGCAGAGGAACGUGUCUGCCUCUAACGCUGACGGGUGGACCAGGCUGUUGGAUGGUGAGCUUGUGGAGCGAAGGACUCGGACUGCCAUCUGGAUAGACGGGCACUCCUCGCACACAAACGCACGCGCGUGCUCACUCGGUGCACCAGGUGUGUUACGGCCGUGUGCUAGGAAUGCAGCUGCGUUUGCCACGCUAGAGGGAACAGGUGCGUGGGACACAUGUUGCAGAAAGGCAAUCAUAGCCGGAAUAAGAAGAAACCGAGACUUUGGAACUAAACUCUACGAAACUGCGAUGUAAUUAAGUAACAACUACCGUGGCUUUUGUAUUCAGUUACAUCGGCUAGCAGGUGCGUAGAGAUUAUUGAUUAAACGCGGUUGAUAUUUUAAGCAUGCACGGACUGUCAUAAGCAGUCUGAACUACCGACCAACCCAAAUGGCGAGCCGUGUUCAGAUGAGUGAUCGGAAUGUCUUUCAGUGUGCUUUUUCAUCAGAGAAAAACUAAUCUAUGUUUCUCUGCUCGGUAGACAGCCAUACAAAUGCCCGACAUAACCGACUCGGCGAGAAAAGCAGCCAGCCGCGACACUGAAAACCAUCGGAAGGGAUUAAUCAUGUCCAAAACACUGAAGAAGAAGAAGCACUGGUCGAGUAAAGUGCAGGAGUGCGCGAUAUCCUGGGGAAACGGCCGGGAACUGAGCUCUGUCGUAGAGGUGAUGGGGGGCGCGGAGCUUGGCGAGUUCCCCUACCUUGGCCAGGUGAAGGCGGAAGCGAUGGCGUGUCAGCUCGGGCGGAUUCCCUGUCCGGGGGACGUGCUUUUGGAGGUGAACGGAACCCCUGUCAGUGGACUGACCAACCGAGACACACUCGCCGUCAUCCGCCACUUCAGAGAACCCAUCCGCCUGAAGACCGUCAAACCAGGAAAGGUGCUGAACACAGACCUGCGGCACUACCUCAGCCUGCAGUUCCAGAAGGGCUCCCUGGACCACAGACUCCAGCAGGUCAUCAGAGACAACCUCUACCUGCGGACCAUCCCCUGUACAACUAGACUGCCCAGAGAGGGAGAGGUUCCGGGGGUGGACUACAGCUUCAUCAGCGUGGAGGAGUUCCGCAUCCUGGAGGAGAGCGGGCUGCUGCUGGAGAGUGGGACUUAUGAUGGUAACUACUAUGGGACCCCCAAGCCCCCCGCCGAGCCCAGUCCCAUACAGCUGGACCUGGUGGACCAGGUCCUGUUUGACGAGCAGUUUGGCACAGAGGUGCAUCGCAAACGCACUACCUCUGUCAGCAAGAUGGACAGGACGGAUAGCACCGCCCCUGAGGAAGAGGAUGAUGAAGAGCGGCCAGCAAUCCUCAAUGGCCUCUCAGAUCAGCAGGGAGGAGCUGAAUGGAGGAGGGCUGUACCAGGCUACCCGCAGGGCAGCAGGGCAGUGGAGCUGCGGUCCUGGAGCUCUCUGCCCCGCGAUGGCAGCCCUGAACCACUGCCCAAGAACUGGGAGAUGGCCUACACCGACACCGGCAUGGUCUACUUCAUCGAUCACAACAACAAGACCACCACCUGGCUGGACCCCCGCCUGGCCAAGAGGGCCAAACCGCCGGAGAAAUGUGAGGAUGGAGAGCUUCCUUAUGGCUGGGAGCAGAUUGAAGAUCCGCAUUAUGGCAUCUACUACGUAGAUCAUAUCAAUCAGAAGACACAGUUUGAAAACCCAGUCCUGGAGGCAAAGAAGAAACUGAGCCAACAGGAGGCGCUCCCUGCCCCAGAAGAGAGGGGUGUGCGAGGAUUCACACGGAACCCGUCCCAGCUGAAAGGGGUGGUGAUCCGCACAGCUCUUAGAAAGAGUUCCCAGGGCUUCGGUUUCACCAUCAUUGGGGGCGACCGGUCGGACGAGUUCCUGCAGGUGAAGAACGUCCUCAGAGACGGCCCAGCUGCUCAGGACAAGAAGCUGGCAUCCGGUGAUGUCAUCGUGGAGAUUAACGGGGCCUGUGUUUUGGGGAUGACCCACGCCACGGUGGUGCAGAUGUUCCAGGCCGUCCCGGUUCACCAGUGUGUGGACAUGGUUGUGUGCCGGGGCUACCCGCUGCCUGAGGACGUGGGCAGCGAUGAUGAGGAUGGUGGGGGUCAGGUGACUGUCAUUAACGGGCAGCCCCUGCUGGUGAAGGGUGAGGCUCUCCGCGGCUCCUCCCAGGAGCUCCCCUACGUUGUCUGUGACGACGGCGCUGCCCCGCCCAACGGACCGGCCCCGAGCCUGCUGCAGCCGGAGCUGGUGAGCGUGGCGCUGGUGAAGGGGCCCGGCGGGUUCGGCUUCGCCAUCGCAGACUGCCCCCUGGGCCAGAAGGUGAAGAUGAUCCUGGACGCGCAGUGGUGCCGCGGCCUGCUCAAGGGUGAUGUCAUCAAGGAGAUCAACCGGCAGAACGUGCAGACGCUCAGCCACGCCCAGGUGGUGGACAUCCUGAAGGACCUGCCCGUGGGCCGCGAGAUCUCCGUGCUGGUGCUCCGAGGAGGUCAGACAUCUCCAGUGAAGAGCCUGAAACCUAAGCCGGAGAUGACCGCCAGCACGGAGACUCUGGACCGCGCUCCAGAUUCGACUGCGCACCCCCUACCCUUACCCCCAAGUGCCCUGAGAUCCAGCGCCCCAAAACCUGACCCCACCGAGUUCUACCCCACCACCCCUCGGUCCAGCGCCCCCAGAUCUGACCCCGCCGAGUUCUACCCCACCACCCCACGGUCCAGCGCCCCCAGAUCUGACCGCACCGAGUUUUACCCCACCACCCCACGGUCCAGCGCCCCAAAACCUGACCCCACCGAGUUCUACCCCACCACCCCACGGUCCAGCGCCCCCAGAUCUGACCCCGCCGAGUUCUACCCCAGUACCCCUCGAUCCAACGCCCCAAAACCUGACCCCACCGAGCUCUACAUCAAGUCUAAGGCCCUGCAGGACAGCAAGCCUGCCAACACCAGAGACCUGGACGUGUUCAUUAAGAGAAAUCAGGAGUCGGGCUUUGGAUUCAGAGUUCUGGGUGGGGAGGGUCCAGAACAACCCGUGUACAUCGGCUCCAUCGUGCCGCUGGGCGCGGCGCAGAAGGACGGGCGGUUGCGAGCGGGCGAUGAGCUCAUCGGUAUCGACGGGGUGCUGGUGAAGGGCCAGUCCCACAAGCAGGUUCUGGACCUGAUGACCAACGCCGCCCGCAACGGGCAGGUCCUGCUGACCGUGCGGAGGAAGGUGACCCACACAGAUGGUGGGGAGGAAGACCUGCGCUCUGCCUUGGUGAACGGCUCCCCUCGGCUGCCGCGGAUCGAGGUGGUGGGCCUGCUCGAACCCAAGUCCUACGACAUCACCCUUCAGCGCCAGGAGAACGAGGGCUUUGGCUUCGUCAUCCUCACCUCCAAGAGCAAGCCACCUCCUGGAGUAAUCCCUCAUAAGAUCGGGCGGAUAAUCGAGGGCAGUCCCGCGGGCCGCUGCGGGCGGCUCAGAGUCGGGGACCGCAUCUGUGCGGUGAACGGCCAGCCCAUCGUGGCUCUGGAGCACAGCGACAUCGUGCAGCUCAUCAAGGAAGCCGGCUACGCAGUCACCCUCACUGUGGUGCCGGCGGACGAGUAUAAUGGGCCUCCUUCAGGAAACAGCACAGCCAAGAACAGCCCUGCUCCACAGCAUCGAACCCUGAGCCACCGGGACGACAGGUACAAUCUGGAUAUGGAGGAGAGCAGAGACGUUCUCACCUGGGCCGACUACAAGACCCUCCCCCAGCCUGAGCAGGGCACUCUGUGCAUCAUCGGGCCCAAUCCGGGCUGCUUCCUGGUGGAGCUGUCUCGGGGUCCACGGGGCUUUGGCUUCAGCCUGAGAGGAGGGCAGGAGUACAACAUGGGCCUGUUCAUCCUGCGGCUGGCUGAGGAUGGCGCCGCCCUGCAGGAUGGGAGGAUAAAGGUGGGGGACCAGAUCGUGGAAAUUAACGGUGAGCCCACGCAGGGGAUAACCCACACCCGGGCCAUCGAGCUGAUCCAGGCUGGAGGAAGCAAGGUGCUGCUGCUGUUAAGGCCCGGACCAGGACAUGGCCAGCUGGAUCGCACGCCUGCUUCACCUCCCGGAUGUCAAAGACAAGUUUCGUCGCUCAGUGUGUCCACCGCCUGCACCCCUCUGCCCCCGGCCUCCCCCGCCAUGCUCUCCUUGCCCCCCUCCCAAAAGCCCCCGAGCUCCAGAUGGGACAGCAGCGGCUCCUCCCCCCUGCUGGGGGAACCCCGGGGCUGCUGGGACAGGAACAGCACAGAGAGGGGUGUUCCAGGUCCGGACUGUUCCAGAGAGCACUGCCCUAAACUGUUCUUUAGCCCCGCCUCUCCAAACCUAAACCCCGCCUCUCCAGACAUCAGCCCUUCAUCUACUGACCUCAGCCCCGCCCCUUCGCACCACAGCCCCGCCUCUUCAGACCUCAGCUCUGCCCUUUCUGACCUCAGCCCCGCCCCUUCGCACCACAGCACUGCCUCUUCUGACCUCAGUCCUACCACAUCGGACCUCAGCCCCGCCUCUUCUGACCUCAGCCCUGCCUCUCUAGACCUUGGCCCUGCCCCUCCAGGCCCUGACUCCGCCCCUCCAGGCCUCAGCCCCGCCCCUCCAUGCCUCAGCCCCGCCCCUCUGGACCUCACAAGGAUCUGCAGCUCAAAGGCGCUGUGCACUAACAGGCCCAGUGACACAGGGGGAUCCCCUUCAGACAUCAGAGCCCCGUCCAGCCUCUCGCCAGGCUGGGGCGGGGCAGGAGAGGGGGAGCAGAGACUGGGCACACAGCCCCCCCCCAAUAAGGGGGAGGAUACCCCACCUGGCCAGCAGCCACACAAACACCUGAGGAAGCAUGGCAGUCUCCCCAGGACACAGGGGGGGAGGAGAGGAGAGAGGGGUGUGAAACUCAGCAGAGAGAGAGAGGCAGCCUGUGAGAUCAGCACAGAGGAGGAGGAGGAAGAGGAGGAGGAAGGGGAGGAGAGAGGGGCGGAGCUCUGUGAGCAUGAAGAGGACAGGAGAGGGGCGGAGCUCGGUCAGAAUGGUAGCUGUAAAGACAGGCAGAGCUACUCCACUUCCUCCCUGGACAGGAAGCUGCCAGUUACUCCUGGACCCUGGAAAAUACCCAGCUCCGCCAGGAUUCUGACGCGAGAGGAAGUGAUGCGAGAGCCAUACUGAUGCAUCAUGGGUGGGGUAGUGAUGAGAGAAAUCCAUGUUCAUGAAAGCUAACAUAUGCAAACAGCAAUACAAUGAUUUGAGCCAAUCAUUCUAGUUUGCUGUGUAAAUGAAUAGAGUUUGUUUGGUUCGCACUAUACUGUGAUUCACUGCUUAUUGUAGCUCCAUUCAUCAUGGGGUUCAUGACAGUUCUCUCAUCACUAUGGAGACAGGCUUAGACAGGUAGCUGGGAUGGUGGAGGGGGAUUAUCAGUUUACCUGUUAUCUCACAUUCAUUUCAUCCCUUUAGCAACUAUAUAUUUUUACCAUGCUGGCAUCAAUAGAGUUCUUUCUAUUCACAA